CCAAGUGUAAGGGAUUCUGGCUUAUUCUUAAAAGUUUUCCCAAAUGUUUAUACUUACGGCUUGUGAUUGGAAAUAUCGAAAUAAGAAAAAAAAAAGCUGAUACUUCUCGUCUCUAGGGUACUACUGUGCAUUGCUCAUUAUUAUAGCCAGAUCAUACGUAGAUCUUAUUUCUUUAAACGCUCAGUUGCAUAUUUAAACUCAGUUCUGUAUUAGUUGGGCGUUGUCCCUGUGACACCAGGGAUGAUUCUUCAGUUACAUCUUUUGUACCUUAGCCUGCCUCUUGGUUCUAGGGCUGUGCACUGUAAUAAGGGUUUCGUCUCAGUUAUUGUUCUCUGAUGUGCAAGUUCCUCCAAAAAGAGUAAGGUACCAAAAAUAAGUCUCAGUUUAGAGAACCAGUACUUCAACUAUGUCAUCCAGACCUUUUGAAAGUCCUCCACCUUAUCGACCAGAUGAAUUCAAACCUUCUCACUAUGUACCAAGCAACAUUACGUAUGUUGAGGACAUGCGUUCUCAGCCCAUGUACUCUCAACCAGCAUACUCCUACUAUCCAGAAGAUGAAGUGCAACACUUCUACAAAUGGACUUCCCCUCCAGGAAUAAUAAAGAUCAUGUCAGUUCUCAUUAUAGUGAUGUGUGUGGGCAUUUUUGCUUGUGUGGCUUCCACAUUGCCUUGGGAUUUAGAAUUCUAUGGAGGUUCAUCAAUGGGAUCUGGUGUUGGAUAUCCUUCAUAUGGAGGUUUUGGAGGCAGUAACAGUUAUGGCUACGGUUAUGGAUAUGGUGGAGCCUAUGGUAUUGGAGGAAAUUACAUUGAGCCCCGAGCUGCUAAAGGCUUCAUACUUGCAAUGACAGCUUUUUGCUUCAUUGCUGGAAUGGCAAUUUUUGUAACAAGUGUCACCAACUCAAGCACAUCCAGAACAAGAAGAUAUUAUCUAAUUGUCAUAAUAAUAAGUGCUAUCCUUGGUUUCUUGGUAUUCAUUGCAUCCAUUGUAUAUGUACUGGCAGUAAACCCAACUGCACAAGCUUCAGGAUCAGUGUUCUACAAUCAACUUGUUGCUCUGUGCAGUCAGUAUUAUACAACUACAAAUACAGGAAUCUUUAUGAAUCAAUACUUGUAUCACUACUGUGUGGUAGAGCCUCAAGAGGCUAUUGCCAUUGUAUUGGGAUUCUUGGUUAUUGUUGCUUUUGCCAUAAUCAUAUAUUUUUCUGUGAAGACCCGAAAUCAGAUGAAUUAUUAUGGUAAAAUGAACAUUCUCUGGGAUAAAAUAAAGGUUUAUGAAGAAAAUCCCCCCAAUGUAGAAGAAUGGGUAAAAAAUGUUAAUGCUGAACCAGCAGAAGUACCAGUAGUGGACUACCCAGAUGGAGUUGCUAGUUCCAUGGCUUACUCUGUUUGGGAGAACGUUAAUGAAAAUCGAGUAUGUACAGACACAGCUUACAGAGCUAUGCCGGAGUCUGACAUUGUUCCCUCAGCGAAGAACCUCACACAGUCAAAUUCUACUGCGAACCGUAGUCAUGACAGAUCAGCUAAGGAACCAUCACAAAAGAGAAGAACAGGAAGACGGAAGAGAACCAACUCUGAUAACUAUGAUGCAGAUUACACCACUGGAGGGGAGUCUUGUGAUGAGCUGGAGGAGGACUGGGACAGGGAAUAUCCACCAAUAACAUCAGAUCCUCAAAGGCAAGCAUAUAAGCGAGACUUUGACUCUGGAUUACAAGAAUACAAGAGUUUGCAAGCUGAACUUGAUGAAGUUAGUAAAGCACUCACUCGACUGGAUAAGGAGUUGGAUGACUACAGUGAAGACAGUGAGGAAUAUAAGGUUGCUGCUGAUCAGUACAAUAUGAUGAAGGAUAUAAAAGCAUCGGCAGACUAUAAGAACAAAAAGGCACGGUGCAGGACACUGAAGAGUAAACUGUCGCAUGUAAAAAAGAUGGUCAGUGAUUAUGACAAUCGGAAAUCCUAGAAGAGAAAAGAAGGAAAAAAAUUAGAAUCACUAAAUUAUGUACAGUUUUGUAACAAUGGGAUAUAAAGUGACUUUGGUUUCAGCUGAGAAACAAAGUCCCCUUUGUCUUGUUGGCUAAAAAACAAAACAACCCACCAUCAACUGCCUGAAUUUAGUUACUGAAGUGUAACAACUAAUGUUGAUACCUUGUUUACUAUUGAGUAUGGCCUCUAGCAAACCAAACAGAGGUCUGUUCUGUUUGAAGCCUGGCAUUUUUACUUGGGAACAGAUCAGGUCCCAGGUUUGUUAUCUAAAAGUUUGACUGAUUUAGUACUAAGUUGCAGACUUCCCUCCUUUUGUCAACUGUGGUUGAGGACUUUUAAAUAUUGUUUCCCCUGUCUGCAUAUUGAUUAAUUCCCAGCUUUGUUCUCCACUCCAUAUAGUAUACCUAAUUUUGAAAAGCAGUUCCAGAUAAUGCUACAUUUCUUCUGGCUCCUAAUUGCAGCACAUUUGGAUCUGUGUUGCUUGCAUAAACAGUAAGCGCAAUGGCCUUCAAAAAUUCACUCCUCCAGUAUGCAUUAUAUCCCAUUGUAACCAUUCCAUUCAUAGGGUCAUGAUUAACUUUUUGUUUAGAAAUGAGUUAAGUUGUAUUAAUGGGGCCAAUGCUGCUUACCUAAUAGGGUGUAAUUAAUGGAAACGUGAAAUUAAAUGUGAAUAUUUGUUUCUUUUUUUUAAAUCUUCAUUUGUAUCUUACCUUUUUUAUUGUACAGGCGUGUAUUUAGAAUAAUCAGUUGAUUUUUAUGACUUAGUUAUGAUUUGUAAGUGCGUGACUAUGUACAGAAUCUGGUUGUUCCUGUGAGUUGUCUUCUGUUAAAUACAAUUUAUUAUUUGACAAUUAAGUGAUGCAUUUAACUUUGACCAUUUUUGAUCAGCCAAAAUGUUUUGACCAUUAUAAUGACUAUAACCAAAGUAAUUUUUAUAAAGUUCUGAAUCUUCUUUUUUUAGACUUAAAUUUCCAUGAUGAUUAACAAUUUAAAAUGUAGUCUCUUAAGAGGAAAAGGAAGUGAGUUCAUGGAAAUUUGAGAACACUUUAUACCUAAUGAAGCAACUUUUUGUGUAAAGCUGCACCAUUAAAUUUGUGAUGUAAUACUUAAAUUUUCUGCAGCAUAUAGUUUAAGUAAAUAAUUGCUCACAUUAACUGUUCUCAAAAGGACAAAGGUAAGCAAGUUGGUGCUUUUUAAAACACGUUUGCCUAUGUUACUGAUUACCUUAAAUAAAACCAUUUUACAAAAAAA